AUGGGGACUACUUACGAGACUCGGGAUACUGUUGAAAUGCAAGUUGACUCCUCGGUCGACUCGUGUCGCACCGGCAUAUCGCAAAAGGGAUGUAAAGCCGACAAGGUACCCACUUACGAUGACAAGGGCAUAUUGAACUUCUUGUUAUUGCGAUGGGUAGUAUACUGGGUGAAUAGACUUAAAUCCACCUAUUUCGAACUGUCGAUGCUGCCGCCACUCCCGAAGCCCGACCAGAUAUCCUACUGGCAGCCCGUCUUUUCCAAGCACAUCAGUGAUGGGCUGCUUAUGUUGGAGGAGGCAAAGGCGCAAGCGGUGUUGCCCAUCGGUGAGUCUAAGCCGAAGAAAGAGCAUCACCAUAUACUGAUGCGUGCAAUUCUAUUGACAUUCUGGCGGCGCAUAUUGUUCCUUUCGUUUCUGGCCGUCAUUGACAGCGUUCUAAACGUCGGUGUGGCAAUGCUUCUAAAGUUUCUGCUUGACAUUAUGAAAAGGAAGGAUCAGCUGCCUUUUAAAGUCGUAGGCAUGCUUUUUCUAAUCAUACUAGUGGAAGUGGUCCAUUCGAUAGUCCAGCAACAUAGGAACUUCUACAACCGUCGAACGGAGAUCCUUAUGGAGGCAGUUAUGUCCAUAACUCUGUUCCAGCACGGUUUGUGUCAUCGCAAAGAUUACUGCGUUGCAGCAGAGAAGCAUGGCCAAUUAAAUGGCUGCAAGGAUGCUGUGCAUUCCUGCAAUACCGAGUACAGCUCAUGUUCGCCUAACCCACUGAUGUGCCCAGCCAGGAGGCACAAAAACGCGGAACUGCCGCCAAGCAUGUAUACUUUUCUCUACUUCGAUACCUGCCAUAUGGCAUCCCUAACAAAUGGCAUCGCCACAGUCAUCAGGUUCUUGUGCAGCUUAGUGUUCGGGAUGCUCAUUAUACGAUCGCAGAUUGGCGUCGACAUACUAUACCCUGGAAUAGCCAUGCUGGCGCUUACAAUUAUCAUGGUUGCUAUCGAGUUUAUGAGUGGAUACGUGUUGAAGCAUUUGCUCACAUUCAGGGAUGCGAGGUUGGCUAGGAUUGGUGAAGUGAUUGGGAGUUUAGACGUUAUUCAGACAUCCGGGAUGGAGGAUAUUGGCUACAAUAUUGUCAAUGAUAGCAGGAAGGACGAGAUGUGCUUCCUGAAGCUUCGUGUCUUCCUAAUGCUCAUCAACAGGGCUAUAAUGAACAGUGUUGGUGUCAUUCUGAAACUCAUUGUUUUGCUCGAAUUUAUUAGUGUUGUCAAACGUGCUGCUGAUAAGCGUGAUUUUGACUUAGCUGCUCCCGUAACAUUGCUCUUCGUAGUUGCAAAGAUCACCACGUCACUGACGAAGCUACCCACCACGCUCAAGUUUUUGAUCGAGAUGCUCGCAUCAUACGGCAGACUCUCGAAGUUUAUAGUUGAAUGCUCCCCGAAUUACUAUUUGGACGCCAAAGACACGCCUGCGGGGACUUCCACAGCUUUGCAACUUAUGAACAAACCAACAAGCCUCCUGUCGAACAAACAUCUUGUGGUAUAUAAGAACGCCAGCUUCGCAUGGUUCCAUACGAUCGAAGAUAGUUUGGAAGAGGUGUCAAUAAAAGUGCCCAUAUUGAAUGACCUCAACUUCGAGCUGGAGCGUGGCGAUGUGAAGAUCAUCACCGGCAACCAGGGUUGUGGUAAAACUAGCUUCAUCAAAGCGAUGCUGGGCGAGAUGAGUCUGGUGUCGGGUAGCAUGGCGGUUGCUCCGCUGUCGACUGGUAUGCCCAUUUUCUACACAUCGCAGGAGGUGUGGCUGCCGAGCGGUAGCAUCCGUUCGAUCAUCACGUUCGGGUACGCGUUCGACGAGGACAUCUACCGUCAGGUGACGUGUGCGGUUGAGCUGGAGUCUGACUUUGCUUCUUGGGAGGACGGGGACAUGCGUGUGAUCUCCGAGAAGGGCUACUCGCUGAGUGGCGGCCAGCGCGUGAGGCUGAGUCUGGCGCGUGCUCUCUACGCGUACCUGAUCUUCAGCAAGGCCAACGAACGCUUGGUCGGCGACCGGUGCUGCUUCUUGGUCUGUCUGGACGAGCCUUUCAACGGGUUGGAUCCGGCCGUCGCAGGCACCAUAUUCAACAACCUCUUCAACAAGGAGACGGGCUUGCUCGUAAGGGACGACGUUGCCGUAGUCAUGGCAAUGUCAAAAAUAUACAUGGAUUUGUUCUCCAAUUUGAAUAUGUUCGACAACGUAGUUCAUAUGGAACGCUGGGACAUUGAUAAUGGUUCUAUGUCCCCGUCCACGCGAUGUAACGAGCCGUCUAACGUCGAUGUGCCAUCCUCUCAGCACAAGGAAUGUUUCACAACAGAAGGUGGUUUGAAGCGUGCUUCCACCUUGACUCGUAUGCCGCGCAAUAUUUACCAGGUGUGCGAAAGUGGAGAGUUCUCAACGAUGAGUUUGGGGUACAUGUCGUGCGUAAAGCAGAACUCCAUCACCAAGGCAGCCGAUGAAGCACGUGAGCAAAACGAGCGGUGUUCUACUUCAUCAGGAUAUUUGAGGUACUUGGAGGCUGUAGGGUAUAAAACAAGCUUUUUCAUAAUUGCACUGAUUGUGGUCAGUAUAGUUUUGCAGAAAGCAAACGCCAUUUACAUUGCGCGUUGGUCAGACACUGUUAGGGACCUUGGAGGAUGUGACCAUGACGGUAAUGCUGAUGUGGACGUGAUAUUUAUGGCGCAUGAAUAUGAAAGUUUCUUGGUGAAGUUGUUUUCGUUCUUUUACUUAUACUUUUUGUUUGUUGCUUUCCUUCUUAUGGUUGUGGGCAGUUUGAGGUGCUCUUCACGGCUCUUUUCGUUCGCAUUAAAUUCGAUUAUUCAUAAAAAUUCCUCGGUUAUUACGCUUAAAAGGUCAAUUGGGGGUAUAAUCACGAUAUUCUCAUCCGACUUCAUCCACAUCGACGAGAAAUUCUGCAAACAAGUUAGCAGCACGAUUCUGGGAUUGAUCCGGAUAAUAUUACAAGCCAUUACCAUGUGUUACACUAUACCUUUGGCUUCACCUGUGCCUUGUAUUUUAGUUUUGUGUAUCUAUUUUUAUGUCAUACGCCGCUAUUUUAUUCCGGCGAAGAAACUGGAGUGCCUGAUGCUAGAUGCGACAUCGAACAUAAAUGAGCUGUACGCUAGUACGAUUUCAGGAUCACCGCUUUACCGCAGUUACCGGAAGGAGGGUCAGUGUAUCGAGGCUAUUACGACACAGUCGGAGUAUUUUUACAGGUCUAAAUACCUGAAGCUUGCAUUGAACGUAUGGGCAGCAGUGGCUGCCAAGAUGAUGACGUGUUGUGGUGCGGGUAUUAUGUUCUUCAUCCCCAUCAUAUGUCAUUAUGCAUUCGGUAUUGAUUUGCGUAUUGCUCAAAUCGGUCUUGGAAUAUCUCUGACUCUGGGGUUUAACGAUUCCCUAUCCUUGGUCAUAUACAACGUCGCAGUCGUUGAGAGACAGAUGUGCUCAUUGGCGCGUUAUACGCGGUAUUUCUGCCAAGGCAAAUGUACAUUCAGGGACAUGUUCGAAUCAAUGAGAGAAACUGUUUUAUGUCAAUAUGGCGGCGCAGGGCAUACCGAAAACGACAGAAUGCGCCUAGCUGAUUUGGAGAAGCGACGAAAAACAGAAUAUCGCCGCUUGAUGUUUAGGAAGUAUGUCUCACUGUGGGAUCGGCAACUUCACAAAUGCACCAUAGAAUUAUUGGAUGCUUCCCAAUAUUUGCCCUCCAAUCACAUGACCCUCGAACUGGAUAAUGUUAUGGUGCCAGAACCUGCUCAGGAAUUCAAUGCUAGCACGAAUUACAUCCUGAAAGGCGUUACUGCGAGCACGCGUGCUGGCGAUGUGGUUGGUAUAGUGGGCCGUACUGGCGCUGGCAAGAGUACGCUGUUGAGUGUGCUGCAGAACAUUGCAUCGAAAAGGGAGGGCUCCGUGUUGCUUGACGGUCGGGAGUUGAACAGCAUCCCUCGUAAGGUGUUGCGCCACAUCAUCGGCGUGUUGCCCCAGAUGCCUUUUGUGUUCAAGGGGUGGACCCUGCGUCGUUUCCUGGACCCGCGUAUGUUGCACUCUGACGAGGAGAUCUUGCACGCCCUGGAGUGCUGCGGUUUGUUGGACAUGGUCAAAUCUCUGCCUGGCACCGAUCCGCUGGACGCUGUGUUAGCGCACGAGGACAUACGGGUGCAAAGGGGCUACUACGUGAUAAUUCCCCUGAUACGUCUGAAGCGUAGACUCACCUCAACCCGUUCCGAUGACGGCGAGGGAGGCGUGUCGGGUGAGCGUCCCGAUGGCAACGUGGCGUGCUUCUCGAUGAGCCAGUUGCGGUCGCUGUCGUUUGCUCGUCUGGUGCUGUAUCGCAUGACUUAUCGCAUUCUGCUGAUCGACGAGCCGCCAUCCGACAACUGCGCGGGUCACGAGGAGGCGGAUCAGGCAGGUGGCAGCCCGUCCGGGGCUGAGGCAUCGAGCGACGCGUCAGUGCCCAUCUACGACCUGGUGCGGAUGUUCUUCAGCCACUGCACGACGUUCAUCGUGGCGCACGACAAGAACGUGCUGAGGUCGUGCACGUCGGUCUGGCUGAUGCAGAGCGGCACGCUAGUCGAACGCUGCUCCACACAAGAAUUCAUGGCCAGGGGAUUGGAGCAGAUCACUUGA